AUGUCCGCUGUACGAUUCACCCGCGCUGCCACGCGCGCCACUGCGCAGCUCCGCGCUCCCCUCCAGCGCCGAUUUGCCAGCACCGCCGAGAACGAGUUCAUCAAGGAGCGUCAGCACAUCAAGGAGCACGCUGCCGGUACCACUGAGCUGUGGAAGAAGAUCUCCCUCUAUGGUGUCGCCCCCUGCCUCAUCGCCGCCGGUGCCAACGCCUACUGGCUCUGGAACGAGCAUUGGGAGCACUGGAACCACAUGCCUCCUCUGGAGGAGCGCACCGAGUACCCUUACCAGAACAUCCGCACCAAGAACUACCAGUGGGGCAACGGUGACAAGACUCUCUUCUGGAACGACGAGGUCAACUACCACAACAAGGACAAGGCUUCCUAA